AUGAAGCUCAAUUUUGAAGAUGUCCUUUUGAAAUCUUUUAUUGGUUGGCCACUUUUCUACGAAGAUAUAGAUCAACUGAAAAAUAAGAAUUGGUCUGCCUUUGGCAAGUGUCCUCCUCCACUAAACAAAUUCAAAACACCUGUAAGAGUUAAGCAGAUUGCUGCUUGGCACUCAGGAUUAGAUGAAACAUAUGUAUUUCAUCAUGGUGAUGAGAUAAUUAGAAAUGCUCCAGAUAAUUUAAUGAUACAGGCAUAUGAUAGUCAUUCUAUCCUUUGUUAUUUAUAA